GGAUUAUUGCGGGCAAUGUUUUUAUUGCCAGUAAAAAGGGAGAAAGAAAAGAACAUCCAAAGAUAGCUCUUACCCUUCAAUGACAAAAUCUUGGGUAGGAGCAGAUAAUAAUAUAUAAAAAGAAAGAAAAUUCGGCCCUCAAUAGCCAUGGAGAGUGGAGCUAGAACAAUCAUAGUCCUCAUUUUGUAUUCGGCUCUAUUCUCUUGCAAUGCCGCAGGUGGUGGUAGCCGUCUAAGCCAUGGUGGUGAAAUGAUUUUUAACGUUUUGAGUUUUGGUGCCAAACCUGGCCAAAUACAAGAAAGUACACAGGCUUUUAUUAAGGCGUGGAAUGCAGCCUGUAAUUUUAAUGGGAGAGUCAGGCUACUAGUCCCACCCGGGGUUUACAGACUAAGUGAAACCACAUUUGGAGGGCCAUGCAAAAGCCAAUCGCCCAUAAUUGUUCAAGUCCAAGGAACUCUUCAAGCAGUUACUGAUCUCUCGGCUUACACGGGUAAGGGAUGGAUCUCAUUCAGUGAUGUUAAUGGCUUAACGCUGACCGGAGGAGGCACUUUUGAUGGGCAAGGCCGGUUCUUAUGGCAAUAUAAUGAUUGCAAAAAUAAUCCUGACUGCGUGCACCUACCCGCAUCUCUGUAUUUCACCAAAGUGACAAACGCCAAAGUGAAGUCUAUCAAUAUAAUAAACGCCAUGGGAUUCCACAUGCACAUUACUAAUAGCAAUCUGUUUAGGGCAUAUAGACUCAGCAUAACUUCUCCGGCUGAUAGUCCAAACACUGAUGGAAUGCAUAUAAGUAGGUCGACUAAUGUGAAAAUCUCCCGAUCCAUCAUUAAAACUGGAGACGAUUGUAUCUCCAUUGGUCAAGGAGCAAUAAAUGUUACCAUCAACCAGAUAACCUGUGGCCCUGGACAUGGCAUUAGUGUGGGUAGUCUUGGCAAGCUGCCAAAGGAAUUGGACGUACAAGGGGUCAUCGUAAAAAACUGCACAUUGCAAGGUACAACAAAUGGUCUCAGAAUCAAAACAUAUCCAGCAUCAGAUCCAAGCAGGGCUUCGGGGAUGCUUUUCCAGGAUAUAAUUAUGGGCAACGUUGAGAACCCUAUAAUCAUCGACCAGAGUUAUGGCACAAAAUCAAGCAAGCCAUCUCUUGUGAAAAUUACCGAUGUUAUAUACCAAAAUGUACAAGGAACCACAUCAUCCCCAGUUGCUGUCAAUCUGAUGUGCAGCUCACAGGCUCCAUGUCAAAACAUCCAUCUUAACAAUGUCAACUUAAAAUUCCAAGGCAAUCUGAAACUUACUGCUGCUUGUGCUAAUGCACAAGUAGGUUACAGUGGAAUACAAAUUCCACCACCCUGUCAGUCCGGUGCUUCUUCCUAAUUUACCUCGAUCAGCCUGGUAUGUGCCUCUCAAUUGUAAGUACGUAGAAGACUCGACUUGAACUCCCAGCACGUCUGGCGACCCACUCCUCAGUGGCUGCCCCAGGAGAAAAGGGAGCUGCAAAAUGGGAUUGAAUAGACAUAUUAGUGAUUACAGUUGGUACUUUUUGUUUUAUAUUAACCAGGCUUUUCGAUUUAGGUAAUUUGAAAGCCUUGUGCAAUUAUGUAGUGCAAACUUCAACUAAGGCGAAAUAGAAGUAACAAGCCACUCUAGAAUUUAAUUCAUAUUUAUAAGUAAAAGUUGCAAACAAUUUAUAUCUAGAGUCAAAUUUGGCUCGAUUGAGUAUCGU